AUUUGGAGUUGUAGAUGGGCCCAAACAUUGAUACGCGUCCAUUUCUCUCGUACGGGCCAUGAGACUGCAGGCAUCACUGUUGAGCUUGCUGGCCAUCACGGGCAUCACCAAUGCACAAUACUUUUCGGCAGGGUGGACGCCAGGACAACCCGUUCCAACUGAGCCUCCCACUACUGGACCACCAACAUUAUCAUGGUCGCAGGUCGCCCAAAAAGCAGACUCGAACCGUGCCAAUACUUUUUCGAGCUUCCUGGAUGAACUGGUUACAGCUGGCCCAGUGUCAGCCAUCAUGUCGUUCGCCGGGCUGAAUAUUUCGGGAACGAGGAAUCUUGACUGGGACGAACGUAUACCCCUCAUAACGGAUUCAAACUACCAGGACAUUAUCGUAAACGAAGAAUUGUCGCCCGAAGAAGAGGAAAAGAGGGUUUGGUUUUUGGUAAUAACCGUAACGGCUGGACAGCCAGAAGGCAUAUCCAAAUACGUGGACACUGUGUUCGACCAGGCGUACAACCAUACCCUCGAGAAAGGCGACUUGCCCCACGUACGCUUUGGCAGAAUUGAUUAUCUGGACGUGACGUCUAUCACAACUAAGUGGGCCGUAUGGUCGGCCCCCACGUUGGUUGUGCUGAGAGAUCGAGGACGAACGCUGCGUUUUUAUAAAGGCGGACGGAUGCAUCUCACUGCUGAACUUCUCUACCAGUUUCUCAAAGAUGAAACCUGGCGCAUGAAGGAACCUUGGAAUACGGCUUUUAGCCCGGGCGGACAGAGGGAAUGGGUUUUGGAUUACCUUGCGCUCGUGCUGUCGACAGCAUACAGUUUUUUUGUCCGUGUUCCCCGAUGGGUCAUGUAUGUUGCCAGCGGUGGUGCUGCGUCCCUCAUCAUCAACCUCCUACACAAGUCUUCGCCUCAACGACCAGCGCCGAGGUCAACGCCCAAACCGAGCGCGUCCUCAGCACCAAUCGCUACCAAGGGCGAGAGUACGGCCUCUUCGGGCAAGGUUCAAAAAAGUGCCAGCAAGCGGAAAGGGAAGCAAUGAUUUAUUUUGCAUGUCUGGAGGACGGGCGUGUGAUGAAAUUGCAUUAUUACGCUGCGCUGUACGAUUUGUACCGAUCUGUGUUGUUGUCUUGCAGUUAUCCAGUAAAUUCCAUUUCGUGUUUCGAGCCGCAAUUUUUUUUUUGCGGAAUGGCAAGGA